AUGCAAGCCAAAGUGUUGCAACGCAGUGGCUCCAUGGUGGCUAGCCGGCCAAAAAUCGACUGGCCGAGGCCGGAACAGAAGCACGAGGUCGAUGCGAAGGCGGAUCUUCGUGGAGUGCAUUGGCAGCUGAGUUACAUGGCCACUUCCCCGGAGCAGUCGCAGACCAAACAGGCAUACAUCAAACAUCCGUCGUAUCAACGUCGAGCCGCGGUGGAGAAUGGUGCCGAUCUGAAAUCAUCGCACAUAGACCUGGCCUUCGGCGCAUCCAAGUCGUGCAAGCACUGGUCGUCAGCAUUGACAGAAGAAAUGUCUAGGAAUCAAGACGAAAAGUUCAAUUGCAAGAAGACGGAAGGUUUCGAAUUCUUGGGGGCCGAGCUGCGGAAGUCGAGCAUCUCCUUCGGCGAGAGGUCGGAAGAGAACCUGUUGAGCCAUCAGAAACAGCAGUUCACUGCGCCACCAAAGGUGAAGCAGAUGGCCUCCUUCGCAGAUACAGUCGGCAAGGACUUGCGUGCGUCGCACAUUGACAUUGCGAAUGGGGCAGACAAGAGCAGUUCCCAUUGGAAGGCCGUCCAGACGUCGGAAAUGGCCCAGUUUGCGAGGGAGAAGUUCGAAUGCCGGAAGCCAGAAGGCUACUACCACCUUAUCGCCGAGCUCCGGAAGUCCAGCGUGCCCUUGGGAG